CCCGCCCCCACCAACAGCGACACGAACUCGCGCGCACGCGCACAUCCGCGUCCGCCGGCUGGUACCCGGGAGCGGGGCGACGGAGAGGGGGACUCUAGCCCUCGCGGCCCGAAACUUCGCGGCGGCCGGUCUCGGGGGCAAUCCGUCGUCGCGCGCGUACGGGGCAAAACGGUACGGCGCGGUGAACACGACCGAUCGGUACCGGCGGUCGCGCGCGUCCACGGGACACACCGAUCGCCAUGCUGAUGAUGAACGACCUGGGCCCGAUGGCCGCCGGCGUGCUGCCGUUCGACACGAUGUGCGGCGGCCUGUACGAGCACCAGCAGCAGCCGCCCAAGCCCCGGUUCGUGUUCAAGAUGCCGCGCGUCGUGCCCGACCAGAAGGGCAAGUUCGAGUCCGACGAGCUGUUCAGACGUUUGAGCCGCGAGAGCGACAUACGAUAUACCGGUUAUAGAGACAGACCACAUGAAGAACGUCAAAGUAGAUUCCAAAUUGGCUGCCGCGAAGGUCACGUAGAUAUCGCGUUUACUUCAACUGGAACCAAUUUGCAAUUGAUGUUUACUCCUAACCUGCCGAUUGCUUCAUAUCACCAACCUGCCAAUGGUACAUGUGAUUUCGAAAAAGAGCGUGGGAUGGUUCACAUACUGUCGCAUUUCAUAAUGAACGGAGUGUGCGUGCGGUGGAAAGGACGCAUCGACUUGGACAAAUUGGACGGGACCGGUUGCCUGGAGUUCGACGAGGAACGAGCAAUGAUCGAGAAUAGAAUGUUACAGGAACAAGUCGAAAGGUACAACGAUCGUAUCAGAGAUUAUCAAGGCAAACCUCGUGCAUACAGAAACCAAGAGCGUGGCGUUAACGAUUCUAAUUUAGACGUUAAAAGAAGAUUAAACUAUUAGAGAAAAAACAUGUGACAUAUGCGCGUGCGGUGUGUGUGUGUGUGUGUGUCUGGAUGUGUGUGUAUGUGUCAGUGGCGAAUCCAGAAUUUUCUUUUUUUUGGUGGG